AUGGCUCCUGGAAAUCUCUCCCAGGUGACUGAGUUCAUUCUCAUAGGAAUCUCAGAUCUUCCAGAGUUGCAAAUUCCUCUCUUCCUGCUCUUCCUGAUCAUCUAUGGGCUGACUAUGAUGGGGAACCUGGGCAUCAUCACCCUCACCAGUGUUGACUCUCGGUUUCAGACCCCCAUGUACUUUUUCCUUCGACAUCUGGCCUUUAUAAAUUUUAGCAACUCGACCAUCAUUGCCCCUAAAAUGCUGGUCAAUUUUUUGCUAAGUAAGAAAACCUCCUCGUACUUUGAAUGUGCCACCCAACUGGGAGGAUUCCUGGUUUUCAUUGUAGCUGAGGUUUUCAUGCUGGCAGUGAUGGCCUAUGACCGCUACGUGGCCAUUUGCAACCCCCUGCUCUACAUGGUGGUGGUAUCUCAGAGGAUCUGCAAUCUGCUGGUGUCCCUCACCUACCUCUAUGGAUUUUGUACAGCUAUUGUGGUUACACCUUGUGUGUUCUCUGUGUCUUACUGUGCUUCCAAUGUCAUCAAUCAUUUUUAUUGUGAUAUUAUGCCUCUGUUAACAUUGUCUUGCUCUGAUACUUACAUUCCAGAAACAGUAGUCUUUAUAUCUGCAGCUUCAAAUAUUGUUUUUUCUAUGACUAUAGUUCUAGUAUCGUAUUUCAACAUUGUUUUGUCUAUUCUAAGGAUGCGUUCAUCAGAGGGAAGGAAAAAAGCCUUCUCCACCUGUGCUUCGCACAUGACGGCAGUCACGGUUUUCUAUGGGACUCUGCUGUUCAUGUAUUUGCAGCCUCGAACUAACUACUCAUUAGACACUGAUAAAAUGGCAUCCGUGUUUUACACCCUGGUCAUCCCCAUGCUGAACCCCAUGAUCUACAGCCUGAGGAACAAGGAUGUGAAGGCUGCCUUAAGGAGGUUCAUGAUGAAUCCAGGCUGUCCUUUAGGUCAAUGUAAUUUGGGGACUUUUGGGGUAAACAAAUAG